AUGUUGAGCUUUCUAGGCAUUGGCCAAAGUGUCGAUAUUAAAAUUAACUUACACGAUGAAGAGAAUAGGAGGAAGGAGGAACUCAGGAGUGAAGAUGGACAUAUUCAUUCACUUCCGGUGUAUUAUGAUGGUGAAAAUGUUUCCGGAACUGUACAUGUGGGCUUAAAAAGAGGCGGAAAACUGGAGCAUCAGGGGAUCAAGAUUGAAUUCAUUGGUCAAAUUGAGCUGUAUACUGAUCGUGGAAAUCGUGAAGAGUUUAUUACUUUGUGUCAAGACCUGGCGCGUCCUGGUAUACUUUCUCACUCAACAAGUUAUCCAUUCGAGUUCUUGCGUAUCGAAAAGCCCUACGAAUCAUAUUGUGGUACAAACGUCCGUUUAAGAUACUUUUUGCGAAUCACUAUUCAAAAGAGAAUAGCUGAUAUUACAAAAGAAUAUGAGCUAAUAGUACAUUCCACAAUGAGAUGUUCUGAAUCGAGUGAUGGCAUUCAAAUGGAGGUCGGUAUAGAAGAUAGUUUACACAUUGAAUUUGAAUACAAUAAGUCAAAAUAUCACCUACAAGAUGUUAUUGUUGGAAAAAUAUACUUCCUUUUGGUCCGAGUUAAAAUAAAGAAUAUGGAAAUACAAAUACUAAAACGUGAAACUAUUGGUUCAGGUCCAACGGCUUUUACUGAAGCAGAAACUGUUGGAAAAUACGAGAUAAUGGAUGGCGCUCCAGUACGUGGCGAGUCGAUUCCGAUUAGGCUAUUUUUGCAUGUCUACGGUUUAAGUCCAACUAUGCGUGAUGUUCACCGCAAAUUUUCAGUACGAUAUUUUCUAAAUUUAGUACUGUUAGAUGAAGAAGACCGGCGAUAUUACAAGCAACAGGAAAUUAUACUCUACAGGAAAUCUGAUCGCCGACUUCAGGCCUAUGUACAACAGAUUUCAGAUAAAGGAUAUGAUGAAAGCAAAACUGAUGAAAAAGAAAAAGUGGAUACCAACUGUGAGAGUAAAAUCCAAGAACAAACAAAACUCGAAGUUCCUGAUAAGGGUUCAGAUAUCAGUGAUUCAUGUUCUGAUGUGAUCAGUGAAAGAAAUGGAGAUAAUCAGACAAAUAAUUCCACGUUACUUCUUAAUCCUACUAUUGCCGGUACAGAAUCCAAUAUCGACAAACAUAGUAAUGACUCAGAGGACAGUGCUGACUCUUUUUCUCCACAAACACGUUCAGCCAGGAGUAUGCAUCGUUAUGAGCCAAAACAAAUUCGUAAGUACACGGAGUCAUCAACUGUUGCUAUUCCUGCAACCGAAUCACCUAUCCUUCGUUCUGAUGCUACCAGUGCACAGGACUCGAACUAA